AUGGAAACCGCGAUACAAGAGUGCUUCCUAUAUGAUGAUAGUUCAUGGCAUCAUGAAUAUAGCCAUUGGAACAUUUUAUUUGAAGGCUUUCAUAUAGAAGCUAGCAAAUCUCAUCUAUCAUGUAGUUUUCAUAGUGAUUUCGAGCCUAGAAAUAAAGGCGCGGUUUUUAAUCAAGCAAAGGCGGUAAUCUCAAAAGCUCAAAUUUUCUUCAACAAUUUGAUAGAGCAAGCUAAAAUUCUUAUAAACAAGUACCUGUUAGCAGCAAAAAAGCCAAUUAAGUCCCUAGAGCAGCUCCAAAAGACUUGCCAGAGUGUCAUCAGUAAAGUCCUUGAUGAAAUACCGCUUACUUCUAAUUUCACUCCACUUCAAGAAAUCAAUCUAAAUUGUAAAGAAACAACUAUAAAUAUUCAAGACUGGAUGUCAGAAAAGCCAUCAAAAAUCAAGAAAAACAAAGAAAACAGUAACAGCGAUAAUAGUCCUGAUUUUGAGCUGGACAAGGAUAUCUUAGCUCUUUUAAAUACCAACACGCAUUCAAGUUGGAGAUUUUACAAUUGUUUAGUGUUUUUCAAAGAUAAUCAUAGAGAGUUGAUCAGCUGGAAUUUCAAAACUAUGAAAUCCCAGUCAUUCCCUAUUAAUUAUCGAAUGACUUUUAGCAUGGAAAACACCUCAAUGUGCUUGAUCCCUAACUGUAGAAUUUUUUGUUAUAAUUAUUACUCAGAUUUCAUAAUAGAGCAAAAUAAUGAAAUCACUGAGCUUGUAUCAUCCAAAGUUAAUUAUCGACUAAACAUUGUGUAUCUUAACAAUUUUGUAUACGCAAUCGGUGGGGCCUGCAAAUUGGCAGAAAAAUAUAAUUUAAGUACUAAUACCUGGGAAAGCUGUAGAAAGCUUCCUAAAGGAAAUUAUGACAAUAGCUUUUCUGCUAUUUUUGGGAACUUUAUUUUGAUUGUAAGUCACAACAUGCAAAAAAUAGUGGCGUUUAAUACAAAAGUAGACGAUUUUUAUGAGAUAAAAAGUGUUAAAUUAUCAGCUUUCAGACAUAAAUUUAUUGCAGUUGACGAUCAAAGAGCUUUUAUAAUUGAAAUGGGCGGAAAUAUAUAUGAAAGCCAGCAAGGAUCGUUUGCCAAGUGGAAAUUUGUUGGGUCAAAUACAUUAAAAGACGAAAGAAUUCCCUCAUUUUGCUUAAGCAGCAGAAAUUCUGAACUGUUUAUCACCUCGAGUUGUAGGCUGAUAAAAUUCGACUUACGUAAGAAAAAAUUAAUUGUAAAGAGACAUUUGUAG